UGUAGAUUUCUCUGAGGACCUUGCACACAGCUUCUCCUCAUGCUCCAGUCUGCUGGAAGCUGUUUCGAUGGAGAGGUUUUUUUAUUGAUGAGAAAAACAACAUUUACUGCAAGUUUUGGGAUAUUUUUUGAGGUUUGCAGUGGAAUGGGACUCAACCGCUUCCUGUGUCUGCUGGUCUUUGCAGCAGCCCUGACUAUUUCUGCAGUUUUUGGUAAAGAUGAGAGCAACAAGGCAAACAGGUGGACCAGAGACAGCCUGCCACUGCUGCUGGACACACACACACAGCCUUUACAAGUGCCUUUGUUCAGGGGGCAGGAGGAGGAAGAGCAGAACGAAGGGACAAAAACACUUUGUGGAAUAGAGUGUCAAAGCCACCUACCAUCUAUGAACCAAACUGAGCAGGAGAUGAUUCUGGGAUAUGAGACAAUGCAUGAGAAUGGCACUCGCACGCAUACUGAUAUCGUCUUGCAGGGUUUCAACCAGACGUCUACAGGAACACCGGCCCACUCCCCUGCUCCAACCCGCAGGAAACGGCAGAUUUAUGGAGCAGAUGGACGCUUUGUGAUCUCUGACACGCAUUUCAUCACCAACUAUCCUUUUUCCACUGCUGUGCGUCUCUCCUCAGGCUGCUCUGGAGUCUUAGUAUCCCCGAAACACGUGCUGACAGCGGCACACUGCAUCCAUGACGGGAAGGACUACCUAGAGAGUACCAGAAGGAUGAGAGUAGGAGUGUUGCAGCUCAAGACUAAAAGAAGAAGACAGCUUGGGAGGAGAGGAGGGCGGCGGAGAGGUGGGGUGAAUCGAGAGGGGGAGAAAGGUGAGGAGCAGAUAAUGGAGGAGGGUGAGGAGCAGAAUAGUAUAGAUGGAGAUGUAGAGCAAAAGGAAGUAAAAGGAAGGAGGCACAGGGGAAGAAAAGACAGUAGGGAGGAUGUAGUUGAUCAUAGGAUUCUAAGAGGAGCAGGGAAACGGAAGAAACGUAUACGACGUAGUCCUGGUCCUGGGAAGCAACCUGUCUUCCGUUGGACUCGCAUUAAACAAACUAGAAUCCCUCAAGGAUGGAUCCAAACCAAGAGCUUCACCAGAUCCGUAUCCCCUGACUACGACUACGCUCUCUUAGAGCUGAGACGACCCCUCAAACUAAAGUACAUGAAGCUAGGAGUGGCACCUUCCGCUACCCCCCUGGCACGAAUCCACUUCUCAGGCUAUGACGCUGACAAAAGCCUGCUGGACGGACGUGGAAACGAGAAGGUGGUGUACCGUUUUUGUUCAGUGGCAAACCAGUCUCACGAUUUAAUGUACCAGCACUGUGAUGCGCAGCCAGGUGCCACAGGUGCAGGCGUUUACAUCCGUCUGAGACAGGAAGUGGGAGAGAAAGGCGGGAAAGGGAAGUGGCAGCGAAGAGUGAUUGGGGUGUUUUCAGGUCAUCAGUGGGUGGAGGUGGAAGGAGGUGAGCAGAGGGACUUUAAUGUUGCAGUGAGGAUUACACCACCCAAAUAUGCACAGAUCUGUCACUGGAUCCACGGAGAUCCGAGUCGCUGUAAAGAGAUUUGACAAAGGGAUACAAUAAAGACUUAAUGACCUGGGCCGGUGUGUAUAAAAGCACUUUUUUUGUAUAAAGUAACUUAAUAAAAUGCAAAUCUUAAAAGCAAACUGCAGUGCCAAUUAAGAACUAGAAUCAUGCCCUUCCUCAGGCACUUAAAAGCCAAUAACACGCCCCUAUAGGUUAUGUGUCAUGGCUGCAUUAUGCACACUGUCAUGAGCUUACCUAUCGUUAUUGUGUCCAAUAUAAUAUGCUUCAAUACUGUUAAUAUAUUGUAAGAUGCAAGAAUGCUUUUAGCAAAUGUGUUGUGAAAAGCUAUAAUAACAAGUUUAAUAUGUGCUGUUCUUAAAUUAGUUCACAAAGUAGUCCUUUUAAAUGUCAUCUGUUGAGGUCCCGUACAAUGUCUGUAGGUACAUUAAGUACACAUUUUUUCAAAUAAAAAGCUAAAAAAUACUGCACAUCAUCACCAUUGUUGUGGAAAUGUUCGUUGAAUUUGAAAAGCAUUUAAAAGUGUAAUGAUAUUACACUAGAAAUCUACAUUUACAAUUUCCAAAAUAUCUGUAUAUACUUCCUCUUUACCUGUUUCCUGUUAACUCUCAGAAACUCUGACAUAGUAAUCAACACAAUGAAUAUUCAAUAUUCAUAAAUGCCUGGAGAGCUCGAGAUAAAUAGAGAAUAUUCCCUACAUUUUCAAUCGGAAGAAUACAAAUAUAAAAGCCUCUAUUCCGACAUUGCUUUGAAGCAGCCACCAGGUGGCCACGAACAUCCAGAGCUCCCACCGGUGAACGUCACUCAAACUCGACCAAGAUGGCUGCUGUGUCCUUACAGCAGUCCAAAGCGUGAGUAACUGAAGCCUGCACGUUCGGACUAAAAUAUCAUGUGCCCUGGUGAAAUAUUGGCAAUGAAAUAAGUGGUAGAAGCUAUGUUUUAAAGGAUGCCAGUGGGAAGUUCGGGACUUCCCUUGACCAGGUCAAGUUUACCUGGUAAUACAUGUGUGUACAAUAAAAAACUCAGGAUUUCUAGUUUCAGGCAAUAGUUAAAGACUGACAACAAAUGACCCUGGCUCUUAUGAACACAACUUAGUCUUAUAAGGUUGGUUCUAUAACAAAGAUCAUUUUCCAUUUUGAAUAUUUGUAAAUUUACCACAGUGGUGGUGUGGACCAGUUACAGAGUUGGUCUGGCUCAAGGACAAAACCAAAACUACUGUAUGCUAUUUUUUGUUAUCUUUGACACAAUUUAUUAGCAGCUUUUAUACAUAUUGGCCCAGGAAUUGUGAUCUGAGACCAGCUCACCUUCUUGAGUGACAGUUGUCAGGCUAACAUAUAAUCCAGAAAGGCUACACAUAACAUGUGGUUCUGGAUAUGUGGACUAAUCAGCCAUUUAGCAAUUCAUUUGGAGACUGUGGGAAAUAUUGUGAAUGAUUUAAAAUGGCUAUGAACGUGACAAAGUAUUUGAAUUUCAUUGUUACCUCUUUCUUUCUCUGUCUUUAUCCGAAACACCGAACUUAUACAACUCUAAAACUCUAAUUGUGUAAAGGAAGAGACCAAACCCUCUUUUUUCUUUUCUAUGUUUCACAGUGAACACACUUUGCUUUGUUCACUUUUUUUGUAAUCAUACACAGGUACAACCUGUUGGUGCUCAUUUGACUUUAUAAAGGUCUAAACAACGUGUAUUUUCUGAUGUUUGAAAUAUAUUGUGUUGUAAUUCUUUUUUGAACAUACAUUUUCAUGCCUCAAACACAUUUUUGUUGUUGUCCAAAACAUUACUCAUGCCAAUAAAUAAAAAUGUUAAGAGCUAAGUGCUGAAUAAGUGAUGAGCCGUGAGGGUAGUUUGGAUCAGUGUAUUUUUCUUUUAUUGCAUCUCAUUUGGACUCACAUGCAGGUAGGGGUGAGGGGAAAAAGAACGAUGCCAUCCAUAACAAACCCCCCCAAUAAACAACACAGCCUUCAUUUGAAUACUUAGCAAACAUUAUUUAUCCAUUUUCUUUUUGUAUUUUUUUUUAUGUGUCAUAAUCAUCUUUGUUUUUCUGUCAACACUUUGUUAAUGCCACAAUGGAUUAAGGUACAGUCACUUUUGGAAAUAAACAACACACAGAACAUCCAGCAAAUACUUGAGUGCUUUACAGUGAGUCGUCAAGACUUCCAGUGGCAAUACACGAUCAAAUGUACCGACCGCUGCUGCCUCACUCAAAGAGGACCGAGGCCACAUCCCAAUCACAUACACAAAUGCUUACUUGUCUCUUUGAUUUCCACCUUAACUUUAAGUCAUAUUUUAGGAGACUGAGACGAGAAAUUAUCCAAGAGAAUCAGUAUGCAAAUACCACUCCACACCAGCUGAGGGCGCAACAGUAAACACUCAGCCAAAGUUUCCACUGAUACUGCCUCUGAUUACAGAUUGAGAGGUAUAUACAAAGGCGGGGAAUUGUUUGUCUACUUGCAAUAUUCUCAACCAUAUAAUUUGACAUAACUAAAAAUAUAUGAUACAUUUUUUUCUCUCAAAAUAAAGAUUAAAGAAAAUAUGUGUAAUCUAUCAUUUAAAAUAUUCUCAAAUGCAUAUGUCAAUUUGAACAGAGUUCACACAUUGUUGCAU